AUGAGUGGCGCUGGGACUGCUGGUGAUGUUUCUCCUGCUGCAUCCGUGCCGUUUUCUUAUACUGAAUGUGAUAAUUAUAAUAAUUCAGAUAAAUUACCAAUGAUCCCGAUAAUAAAUUAUCAACGUCUAUACGUUGGCUUACGUCGACCAUCAUAUUCAAGAUCCAGUUAUCAUCAGAUUUUACGUAAUAUUUUAUACCUGUGUAUCAGUUUAACGCUGAUUCUGUUUAUUUGGCUUGCAUUUUACAUCUCCGAUUCAUCAUGGAUCAAUCACAUAUCAACUUCUUCACGGGAUCAUAUGCAGUCUGUUGUAUAUAGGAAAAAUAUUGCUGCUAUACCAACAACAGCAAUAUCCAAUAAUGUUGUAUCCAGUUAUCAUGUGUACGGUGUUGUCUUCGACGCUGGGAGUACAGGGAGUCGUGUUCAUAUAUUUAAAUUAUUAUAUAAUCCUUUGGAUCAUUUUAAACCGUAUACCUUAAUCGAUGAUAUCUUUGAUCAAGUGAAACCAGGAUUAUCUGCCUAUGCUGAAAAGCCAGAUGAUGCUGCCAAUAGUUUAACCAAGCUGAUAAAUACUGCUGAAAAAAGUCUACCCCCUGAUACAUGCCAUAAUACACCAGUAAUGCUGAGAGCUACAGCUGGCUUACGAUUGUUAUCAAUUGUUAAAGCGGAGAAUAUAUUGAAAGCUGUACGAUCAAGACUAUCAAAAACAUGUUUCAAACAGUUAUCUAAUGGUGUGACCAUAAUGGAUGGAUUUUAUGAAGGCUUAUAUUUAUGGAUUACAUUAAAUUUCUUAAAUGAUCGUUUAUCACAAAGAAAGAUGAAUGUGAUGGUUACUGGUGAUGACAAGCAGAAUUCACUUGUCCAACAACAGACAACGAUUGGUACAUUGGAUUUAGGGGGUGGGUCGACACAGAUCACGUUUAUUCCGACGGAAUUAAAUACCAUUAAGAAUUCACCGAUUGGUUAUAUUACUAACUUUAGUCCAAACGGAAAGGAAAAUAAAGAUUUUCAGGAAAAGAUUUAUUCGCAUAGUUAUCUUGGACUGGGAUUAAUGUCAGCACGUUAUUCAAUGUUGCAUACUGCAACUGGUUACGUCAGUGUUCAGUCUUCUCAACCACCGGAUGGCAAGAAACAAUUCUUUUAUCCAUGUUGGCCUAAUAAUAUCACUAUCACCUGGAAUCAUGCUGGUUAUGAUUGGGAGAUUGGGCAAAUGAAUCAAUCAAUGAUGAUGACACCGCAUCUUUUGUCUUCUCUAAUGAUGACGAUGACGGUGAUGACGAAAUCAAGUGACAAGCAAAUAUCUACUGAAUUAAUGAAUAAUAGUUACUUGUCUGUGUGUUAUGCUCUGGCGCUAUCUGUAUUACAAAAUCCUGUAGAAGGUGAUGGUAACACGACGAGAUAUCCACCUAAUAAUUUCAUUGUUCAUCAACCAGACGAGGUGAAGACGCGGGAAUUCUACGCAUUUUCUUAUUAUUUUGACCUUGCUGUUAGUGCUGGGCUAAUUGAUGAAGAUAAUGGUGGAUUUUUAACGGUUGGAGAUUUUUAUAAAGCUGCGAAACUUGUUUGUCAGAAUCCAGAUCCAAAGAAACCAUUCGAUUGUAUGGAUCUUAACUUUGUUACUGCUUUACUGCAUAAUGGCUAUGGAUUUCCAUGGGACAAAAAGAUAGGAUUUUUCAGAAAAGUUAAAUCAUUUGAAAUUAAUUGGAGCCUUGGUGCCUUAUUCUCAGAAAUGUAUAAUUAA